AUGAGCAUCUUGUUAACCUCCCGCGUCAUGUCGGAGCGCAUCGGCGCAUUGACACCUGCUCUUACUCGCAACGUGUAUGCAAAAGGUUUGGCUAAAGACAUGAUGGGCAAAUCCUGUUACAACGGCGUCAAUUUCAUCAUCCCUGCAAAAGCCACCGUGUUUGAGGCGCUAAAACGCAUGGCAGGUAUCAACUUGGGCUGCCUGGCCGUUAGUGGCGACGACGGCAAGUUUGUAGGAGUCGUCACAGAGCGCGACUACUUGAAAAAAGUAGAGUUACAAGGGCUUACAGCCAAGAACACUCUUGUGGGGCAAAUAAUGACAAACCGAGCUCGUCUUAUUGUUGCUAAGGCGAACGAGACACCCAGUCAGUUGAUGACCAAAAUGCUCUCAAGUGAUAUUCGCCAUGUACCUAUUGUGAACGACGACAGUGACCUAAUCGGUAUGCUUUCCAUCAAGGAUAUUGUACGUGAGAUCAAUCGAGAGCACAACGCUGAUAUGGAUACGCUCAGCAACUUUGCCAUGGGCCAUGGCGGUCACUUUUGCGAUGCUCUCAAAUGCGGAGGAGGUGCGGCUACAACUUGUUGGGUACCUUUCCAGUACGAUGUCGCUCAUCGUCGUAUUGAUUUUAUGGACAAACUCGUCGUUGUACUGGCACUUUUUGACCUUGUCACUAUUGUGACUCGCGCUGUCGGCCGUAGCGUCAUGCAUAUCCUAGCGCUGUGCCGAGUCCAAGCGGCUUUUAUACAGGCAGGCAAUCUUGCCAGUUGUAUCUGGGUUUGCUGCAUGGCCUAUAAUCUCUAUCGCUGGAUUGCUGGAGGGGAAUCCGAGACUACGCGACAACGAAGAUUUCCAUGGUUUGUGGCCGUUGCAAUAGUGCCAGGAGCAAGCUUUGUCAUCUAUCAUCUCAGGGCAAAUAUGUAUGGUGAUGCAACGUUUUAUUGCUGGCUAGGCGAGAUACGCUACAUGUUCUCGAACUUUUACCUCUUUUACCUGCUCAUGAUUAUUUUCAAUUUAGUGCUGCUCGCACUAAUUCACAUCAACAUGAAAAAGCGAGUUGCUAGACAAGAUACGGUGGAGGCUGACACGUCUUCCAUGCUCAUUCGCCGCAAAUUGUUGCUGUACAUUGUCGUUUUUAUUGGUCACCGCACCCCAAUGAUGAUUUAUCGUAUUUUUGAAGCUAGCGGUAUUGUCAGCAUAAAUGCUGGUCUCUUCAUGCAAGUAAUCCAGGAUCUCAAUGGAUUUUCCAACUCGAUUGUAUACGGUGGCAUCUGUCGUCGAAGUAUUCAGGAGGUGCCACCUUCGCGGGAUGAGAGCAUAUCUUCACCGACCGAAAGCGUUAUGGACAAGGCUGAUAAGAAGCGCAUUGCCAUCGCUGAGACUGAUCCAGAAUUCGAAUCUUGCUUGCCUGAAAGGAUUGGAAAUGCGAUCCAAUCAGAUCGUGAAAUUUCUCCCGAGUCAAGUAGUGCACAUUUAGCGACAUUUCAAUCUCACAUAGUUCAUGAUGGUCAGAGCCAUACAUACUGCACUUGGCAGCAGCGGCUGCAAAAGCGCUUUUCAACAAAUCACUCACCAUCCCCUGCUCGAAAAGAACAGCCUAAAAUUGCCAUAUUUGCCUCUACCUUUAACAUGGGCGAAAAAGAUGUUAAUGAACGCGAGCUGCGUGAAUGGAUCCCAUUAGGGCAAGACGUAUAUGUCAUAGGUGUGCAAGAGUGCAUGGAUGUUGCAGAUUUGCAAAGCAAAAUACUCCGCCACCUUGUCUCCGGAUCUUCUGGUAAAUAUAUGCACUUUAAGCGCGAAAUCGGCAGGCGAGCGACAGCUUUAGGGUACCAUGGUUAUAUUGCACUCUGUCUUUUCGUUCGAGCUACAGCGAUUACAUCAGGACGCUUCCGAAUGCCUUACCGUCAGAGAUGCAACAAAACUACCCAAGAAGUAUUUCGAGGCAAGUCGCUGCUUUUGUUCGGCCGCGCAUCUAACAAAGGAGCUGUUGGUCUGUCGUUUCGUUUCGACGAUACGUCAUUCGCGUUUGUCACGUGCCACUUAGCAUCCGAUUCGUCGCGUUUGAAGCGAUGCAAACAGAUGAAAAUAUCACGGGCAGGUAAAAAAGCAAGCGAUAAAUCCGUAGACUUAAGUGAAAGUAGCAAUAUUGCACGUGAUAGUGAUGGAGAUAUCAAACCUUCAGCAUCUGAUGAUCUUGUUGAAGAUGCUGAUUUACCGCCAAGCAAAGUAAAGCGGCGCAAUCAAGAUGCCAUGGAAAUUUUGCAGCAGUUGUACUUGGAUGAAGAAGACUAUGGCUUUGGAUUCUCGCAUCUACAUCAUCACAGUAUAAUUCUUGGUGAUUUCAACUAUCGUAUGACCUGCAAAUGUGUGACUCCAAAGGACAUGCUCCAGCUUCUUCUCCAUGCUGGAACAGAUCAGAAUGUGAGAGCUGACAAUCACACGAUUGAUUUGGCUCCACCAAUUUCUUUGCAACGGUCGACGAACGAGCUUUCGUCACACAUUGAUAUAUGCGACUUUCGACAAUGUAUAACGCCUAAAGAACAAAGUGGACAACGAAAUACAUUUACGCGCAGAUGCUAUAGGGACGGUAAGGUUGGUAACAGACGAAUGUCAAGCAAUAGCGACGAGAUAAAUACUGUGAUACCCCCGUUGCUUCGGACAUUAGUUGAGGAGCACGAUGAGCUAUAUCAAUUAUGCCGCUCGCAACAAAUCUUUCAUGGCUUUCAGGAGAACGAAAUUACAUUCUUUCCUACCUUUCGCCGAAUACGAGGGAAAACUUUACGGGGCCCGCUCGACGCGGCCUCAUUUCAGCAAAACUAUUCGCUUGUCGCCACUCACGGUGGAUACCGAGUACCCUCGUAUACAGAUCGUGUGCUUUAUAGUUCGCUAGAUGGCGUCCGGGACUCACUUCAGUGCCUGUCGUACAAUUCUUGCGAGGCAGUAACAUCAUCGGAUCACAAGCCAGUGUCAGCCUGUUUUGAGGUCAAGCUAUUAAGCUCUUUCAAACGAGCUACUUCAGAAUUUUUGCUGGCAGAAGACUAUCUCUGGAACGCAAUUUUAACCGAAAACAACCCCUUGAUCGUCUGUUUGAAUCGCACAUUUUCUGGUGCACGAAUGAAAGACGUACCUGGUCGAAGUUGGAUUUCUAUUUCCGUUGCCGUGUGA